ACCUUGACAAAUAUGAAGAAGGCAUCAUAAUAGCUUCACAUUGUCUUGACCGAAAUAUAAAUCAAAUGUAUGAUAUUAUGCAACAACUUUUAAGAGAAACUAAUUUCGAUAAUGUUGAAAAGUUGCGUACUAUUAUUUAUGGUAAUGCAACCAAUAUGAUGAAUUCUGUUGUGGAAUCUGGGCAUGCGUACGCGAAAACAUUUGCAGCUUCACGAAUUGCCCCAGCCAUGGGUAGUUCUGAAAUUUAUGGUGGAAUGACACAAGUUUAUUUUAUGAAUAAAUUAGCAACGACUGAAGAUUUUCAAAGCAUUAUUAACAAAUUGAAGGAAAUAUCUUCAUAUUUACUAAGCAAACCAUCACUGCAAGUUGCAAUCACUUGUGAUGCAGAAGCUGUUGACCAGAAUGAAGUUAUGUUAAAAAAGUUUUUAACGAGUUUUCCAGAUGUUACUAAAAGUAAUAGUCAUGCCUUUGAACAACCAAAAUUUCAGAUGUCACCCGAAAAAGCAUUUUUCCCAUUACCUUUUGCGGUAAAUUUUUCUGCAAAAUGCUUUCGUGGCAUACCCUAUACACAUCCCGAUGGCUCUAAAUUACAGGUUCUUGCAUCUUUAAUGAAAACACAUUACUUACAUCGUGAAAUAAGAGAAAAAAAUGGUGCAUAUGGUGGUGGUGCGAUGUACUCUCCUGCAAGCGGCAUAUUUUCGUUUUUUUCAUAUCGGGAUCCCAAAACCUUGGAAACUUUAGAGACUUAUAAACAAGCAAUUGAUUGGGUAGCGAAUCGGAAGUUUAGUCAACAGGAAAUGGGUGAAGCGAAAUUAUCAAUAUUUCAGAGUAUAGAUGCACCAAUAAGUGUUGCACAAGAAGGCUUAAUAUAUUUUGAGGACCGGAUUAAUGAUGAUAUGAGACAAUUACGUCGUGAACAAUUGUUAUCAGUUACAGAGGAUGACAUUAAAGAGGCAGCGAAAAUUUUAGAGCAACAAGAACGUUCAAAUUGGAGUUCUGUUGCGAUUAUUGGAGAAGGUAAACCAGAAAUUUUAGAAGGUGGUAAAUGGAAAGUUUAUCAAUGA